AUGGGUGAUCAACUUGCGAGUAAUCGUACGCUGCUUCAGCGUCAAAUCACUAACUUCCCCCUCGGUAUUAAGAUCAUCCCAUGCCGAUGCAUUCAAUAUCUUCGUGCUCAUCAGCGCCGUAUGCGAGACCGCCGCAUUGAUAACAUGGGAAAAGAACGGGUGGACCUGGUGUCCAUACAGCACAUACUGAUGCAUAACUACGUUCGACCAGAGUUAGCACAGGCACCAGACCCCCGUAUCACAAGCAUAAGCUCCUGCCCAGAAAUGGCCCAACCUACACAUCUGCAUCCGGCGAUACCCCGUCGCCGACGACGCAGCCAGCGGUGGAGCACUAUGCGUAACGUCGAUCUCCUUCGGUAUAGCGCUCCGAGUCAAGGCAUUUUCCAGCGCCAGGAAAUCUUGGCUGCCAUUGCUAUGCACGACGAGACGAUCCUUGCCUCGCCGAGACCGAUGCCGUUCUUUCGCAAGAUGCGAUCGCACUUGACUCAGGCGCUUACCGCGAUCUAG